AUGUCCAACCCGCGAAAGCGUGCAGCGCCAGGUGCGGUCCCCAUGGUGCCAGCGCAGCAACAGUUCCCGCAGCCGUUCCCCCAAACGAACAUGUCGAAUGACCAGAUGGUGCGAUGGGAUGGCGGAAAUGAUGGCGGGAACUUUGGUGCCGGAAACCUGAACAGUGGGAAUGGCAUGGGCUUCGUGCAGAAUGGACAGGCACAGUACACCGACUCUCUCCAGCCGGCACCGAGCAAUUCCCUUGCGCGAAGACCGAUGAACAGCAGAGCGCUGGUCCAAACAAAUCCAGGAGGUUACGAUCCAUCUCAGGCCUGGGGCAGCCUGCCCAUGGACAGCGGCGCUUUGACUCAGCAGCAGCACGACGAUCAGGGCAACGAAGAUAGCAUCGAGGUGUUGGAGGAGAAGGCUCAACAGGCCAAGCGCGAAGCACAGGCGAAAAGGAAACAAAUUCCCCCCUUUGUUCAGAAACUUAGCAGCUUUUUGGAAGAAGGGAAGAACGAUGACCUCAUUCGCUGGUCCUCCAAGGGGGACUCAUUCAUCGUCCUGGACGAGGACGAGUUCGCCAACACGCUGAUACCGGAGCUGUUCAAGCACCGCAACUAUGCCUCCUUUGUGCGGCAACUCAACAUGUAUGGGUUCCACAAGCUCGUGGGCCUGUCGGACAACUCCAUGCGGGCCAGCGAGCGGAAGAACAAGAGCCCAAGCGAGUAUGCGAAUCCGUAUUUUCGGCGCGGCCAUCCCAACCUGCUCUGGCUGAUCAACAAGCCCAAGCCCGGCAAAGGCAAGAACAAGACUGCCGUCAAGAGCGAGGAGCCAGAUAGCGAGGAGGAGAUUGGACAUGAUGAGCUUCACGGUCAAGUGGCUGGACUGUCGUCCGCUCACGCUCCGAAACCACUGCCCGCGGCUCCUGGCGACCAACCUCCGCCUGCCAAGUCAAAGGAGUUGUCUCUGGUUCGAGAUGAGCUCCGGAAAGUGAGAGAACAGCAGUCGCUCAUUCAGCAGACCCUUCAGCACCUCCAACAGAAUAACCGGGAUCUGUACAACCAGGCGCUACUGUUCCAGAAUCAACAUGAUCGUCACCAAAACUCUAUCAAUGCUAUUUUGCAUUUCCUGGCGAAUCUCUUCCGCAAGAGUCUGGAGGAGCAAGGCAGUGCGCCGAACGUGGGCGACAUCAUCUCUAGCAUGCUCGCCAACCAAGGCCAACAACAAUCCCACGGCGGAAACGUGGUGGAACUGGGAGACUUGCAAGAAAUGUUUCAGAACAACAACACCAACUCGCCUGGCUUCAGCGGCACGCCUCAUAGAAGAGCGCGUGGGCUGCUGCCGCCGAUUCCUGAUGCGAACGACAGCGCGCGCUCGAGCAGGUCCCCAAGCUCUGCGCGUGGCAACUAUCGACAUAGUGGCGAGGUGGGACAGGUGACCGAGCUCAUGGACGGUGCAUCAGAAACGCCGCCCAGCCUGCGACAGGAACUUGAGAACAACCCCCAGGAGCAGAUGAUGCGCAUCAUCAACGAUCACAACGCCACCAACUCAUCGGGUAUGGACCUUCCGGAGGCCGCUGACUUUGUGGCCAAUGCCUCCAAUUCCAUGAACAAUGACCAGCGCAGCCAACUGGCCAACUUUAUGAGCAGGCAAUCGCCAACGGGAACAGGACGGAGCUCUGCCACGCCGCCGGUCAACAUGAACACACAAGCGCCGCCUCAACAACGACAACCACAACAACCGAGCAGGCGAACAGCAGCACCGACGCCGUCAGACACCUCCGCGCCCCCGCCGCCUCAACAGGCUAAUGCUGGCACCAAUUCGAACGGCGCCCCAUCGCUGUCCCCUAUAAUGCGCUCUCCGGCCAUGCCUCCUCUGUCCAUCAACCAGAUCUCAUCAAACCAGUCGGAACUGGAGCAGCUCCAGCACCUCAAUGCACAACAAGAAGCGACGCUGAACAACAUCACUGAUCUUCUUGGUCCGCUGAGCCCCUCAGGUCGCAUCCCGGAGCUCGACGAGAGUGCCAACGGAGCGUACUUUGAUCCGAACAGUCUGGACAUUGACCAGUACCUGAACAGCGAGGCCUUCACCGAGGAGCCCUUUGGUACAGGCGACGAGGGGCUGAAUCUCAAUUUCGACGGCACAGAUGACCCCUUUAGCGCACAAAAUCUCAACCAGCAGCCCCAGCAACAGAGAUACAACCCCGGCAAUUUGAGCGCGGCACCGACACCUGUCAAUCAUCAGACGCCAAGCGAUACAGGCACGGAGGAAAUACAAAGGGAAGACUUUCACGCGGGGGACAGGACAAAGAGGCAGCGCGUGGCGUAG